AUGGGUUUCGAACAGAGCGAGGCUGUUCUGCAACCAUCCGAGCAGCCUAUGGAUACAGCAGACUCGCAGCUGACCCAGCGGCGCGCAGAGUACCUGAAGCUCGUUGAGCAAUCCUUUUUUGAUCUGAGAGAAGGAACCAAGUACUACGGCGUGCCGAAAGAGUGGCUCAACGUUUUUCUCAGAGGAACACCGCAGGAGGCAGCCAAUCUGGGGCCUGUCAGCACAAGCAGCAUUUUGGAUCAUACAGAACUUUGCAUCAAUCCGGCGACUACUCCAGAAUUUGUAGCAGAGCAAGUCUUUGCGAAACUUGUCGAGUGGUAUGGCGUGGACGGUCCCUCUGUGGAGCGGCAAUUAUUCAUGGACAAGAAAGACGGCCAGCUCAAGCUCGAGACUUAUCCAUUGUACAUAAUUCCGCAUCUGCUUUGCAAUAACCCCGAAACCAUCAACAGAUACAGACUGGCUGGCGCAAAGCCAUUUCUGAUCUCUGCUCUCAGCACCGCCAGAGACCUCAAGCUAGCUGUGAAAAAACAGUUCGAGAUUGGCAAGGGCACCACCAGAAUAUGGCGAAUCACGCCAGCAACGAGAUUACCCGUGAUCCUCACUCCUCAAGACCUGUCGAACAUCAGUUCGAAGACGCUGAUCCCAGCUGGAAAGAAAUCUGGCUCUAUAAAAUUAGAGGACCUAAACAUCAAUGAGCGCAAUAUUCUCAUCGAAAUUCAACAGGAGGAUGGAACGUACCCAAUGGACACGUCUUCGACAGUUUCCUUGGGGUCAGGAUUGGUGGGACUCAAUAAUCUGGGAAACACCUGCUACAUGAAUUCUGCCUUGCAGUGUUUGGUUCAUAUCCCCGAGCUCACCAAUUAUUUUUUGUACGAUUACUACGAGAAGGAAAUCAACAGAGACAACCCGCUGGGAAACGACGGCAAAGUGGCGUCUGCUUAUGCAGGCCUGGUCAAGCAUUUAUUUGACAAGCGCUUCGCGGGCCCUUCAAGCUCAUAUUCACCAAGAGACUUCAAAUACACAAUUGGAUACUACAACUCGAUGUUCGCAGAUUAUCACCAGCAAGACUCACAGGAACUGAUAGCUUUUCUCUUGGACGGGCUGCACGAGGAUCUGAACAGAAUCUUGAAAAAGCCGUAUGUUGAGAAGCCAGAGCUGCCGGACGAAAAAGUUAACGAUGUGGAAGAAGUGCGGAAAUUGGCGCAGAAGUGCUGGGACAGCCACAAGUUGCGAAAUAACUCUGUUGUUAUCGACUUGUUUGUGGGGCUGUACAAGUCGACUUUGGUGUGUCCGUCUUGCGGCAAGAUCAGUAUAACCUUUGACCCUUACAAUGAUCUCACUCUACCAUUGCCGGUUCAUAAAAAAUGGAUAGGAAAAGUCAAUGUUCUAUUGGAGGAAGGAUAUCCCAAAUGUCUUGAGGUGGAACUUCCAAAGUCUUCAACAUUUGCUGACCUCAAAGCAUACGUUGCAGAUAAGUUGAAGGUGCCUAUCAAUGAGCUGCUUGCUGUUGAGGUGUUCCAGUCGCAAGUGUACAAAAAUUUUGAGGCCAAGGAUUCAGACACGCGCUAUCUGCCUAUUUCUGACUUGAUCGGGCAGAACGACGAGAUCUGGUUCCACCAGAUCAAACAUAGACCAGGAGAUUUGAUUGUCCCCGUUUUCAAUACUCUUUCAGACUCAAGAAACACCAAACCCUUCGGCAUACCGUUUUUCAUCACUGUCACCGAGGACGAGUGUUACUCGUUUGGCAGUAUAAGGAGAAAGUUGGAACAGCGAUACGGCCAGCUUUCGACGUACAAAUUUUUCCAAUCGAGACAGCGUUUACAGCAUCAGGCCGCAGAAUUUUCUGGGAUUGAGGACGGCGACGACGAUGACGUCUCUUUGGCUGAUCCUGAAAUACCUGGAAAUCAUGCUUUUAGCGUGAAGGUUUUCGAUUCUUCUAACGAGAUCAAAAUUGCCAACCGAUACGGCAGAGGCCUUUACGGUUACUCUAGAUACCCUCAAGAGGAUGAGGAAGAUGAUUCGUUGUGGAUUCCUCGCACACAUAAUAAUUUCAAGAAUUUGCCCGACCUGCUGGAGAAAGUGAACGAAACUAAAAGGAAAUAUUAUUCUUAUCGAGCCAGAUCUACCGAAACAGUCACAAGUGAGGACUCUAGUUCCGGAAUCUUUGCUGAUGGUGUGGGUGAAACCAAUGUGAUGGGUAGCGACGCUAGUGAGCCAAAUCUGGCUCCUUUGACAGAGGAAGCCAAUGGAAUGCACAUAGAUGAUGAAGAAAAAGAGCAGCAGGAAGAUUCGGAUUCUGAGCUGGAAAGCGUUUCAAGACCUCUCAUUUUCGAGAAAAAUGCGCUGGUCUGCGAGUGGGAGCCUCCAUACUUUGAUACUUUUUUCACAGGAAUUGAGGAAGACGGACAGGGAGGCAGAGAGACAUGGUCAAACCCUGAAGUACUAGAGAACGCGGAGGUCGAAGAAAACAAGCGACUCAUGGCCGAAAGCAGGCGCAAGAACAUAUCUCUGGACAAUUGCAUGGAGAUGUUUUCGAAUCCAGAGGUCCUGGGAGAAAAUGACCUAUGGUACUGUCCAAACUGCAAGGAGCACAGACAGGCAACCAAGAAAAUCGAGAUCUGGUCUGUUCCGGACAUACUCACUAUCCAUCUGAAGCGGUUCGAGAAUACCAAAAGCUUCAGCGACAAGAUAGAUGCUGUUGUGGAGUUCCCCAUUGAGGGUCUCGAUAUGUCCAAAUAUGUGGUUGACUCUACUGGGGAAGAAAUGAUCUACGAUCUUUUUGCUGUGGACAACCAUUUCGGCGGGCUUGGCGGCGGACACUACACAGCGUACGCCAAGAACUUCAUUGAUGGGAGGUGGUACUAUUUUGAUGACUCACGGGUGUCUAUCGUGGACUCUACCGAGUCCAUUCGGGGCUCUGCCUAUCUGCUGUUCUACCGGAAGAGAAGUGGCCAGCCGCUGGGAGGCGAGUUCUUCCGCCGCAUGAUGGAGGACAUUGGGCAAAGAAACGCGGAGAACCAGAGAAGACUGCUGGAGUCUGUGAAGCUGGACGCUCUGAGAGCAGAUAGCAUAGACGAGUCUCCGACGCCUAUGGAGUCCUCAAACACCACGGAGAGUGGGGCCAGCUUUACCACCCCCACAGACGUUGCUUCCGACGAGAACGAGCAAGGCUACAAUGAACUGAAAAGCGAGCGAAGCGAUGAGACCGAGUCGUUAGUUUCGGAUAACCUUAUCAAGCGUCGCAAAAAGAUGCUGGGCGAUGGCCACAUCGACUCGACGAUCGGCUCCCCUGCUAGUGACAUCGACGACAAUGUGUCCACGUUCAGUGGAAACGCCAUUGCUCCGGCCGAAAUUAAUGACGGAACGUAUGGUGAGUUUAUUUAG